AAUGAGAGAGAGUGGGAGGCUCAGAGCUUGAGUGAGCGAGCGUGAGAGAGGACGCAGACCCGAUGAGCGAAGGGAAGGGAGAGAAUAAUCUGCAACAGUAGAGGCGCACCGAGCGUAGCGGAGGUAGCGAGAGUGACUCAAAGAGAGAGGGAGAGCUUCGCAUGAGAGGAAUCAAAACGGCACAGACAGAGGGAAAGUAAGUGAGAGCGCGCGUGUGUGUGUGUGUGCGUGUGUGUGCGCGCGCGUGUGUGCAGCGCAGUCUUCGCCGGUCUGCUCGGUUAUCUGUCUCCAUCUGGGUGCCAUCUGUGUCUCUGGCUCUGGCCUUCACCACACCGGAGCUCACAUAUGUGGGAAUGCAAACACAUGCCUGACAUAUGAAGGCGUGGAGUCACAGAAAGGGACAAAAAGCGAAGGAUAAGAAAGCGGUAGCCGGCUACAGCAGCUGACUUUCCCAAAGGACUGAGGAGUGGACUCUACGAGAGAGGAGACAGUAGAGAGAAGAAGAGCCCUGCCAUGCCCGGUUCUCCUGUGGAUGCUAAGACUCAUUCCAGAUCAGCCCCCAGCAGCAGCGCCAGCUCCACUAUGCCACCCCUGCCUUCUGUCAACCCCAGUGGCCCUCGCCCGGGCUCUUUUUCAACCACAGCAUUGACCAACGGGAAUCAUCAUUCCCCACCCACCCUGAACGCCGUGCCAUCUCCACCGCAGCGUUACAGCAACGGACCGUCCUCUUCCUCUUCCUCGUCGCUGGCUAACCAGCAGCUGCCGGCCACCUGUGGGGCUCGCCAGCUGAGCAAGCUCAAACGUUUCCUGACCACGCUGCAGCAGUUUGGCAACGACAUUUCUCCUGAGAUUGGAGACAGCGUCCGAAGCCUAGUCCUGGCCCUCGUGAAUUCAACAGUUACCAUUGAGGAGUUUCAUUCAAGGCUUCAGGAGGCCACCAACUUCCCCCUACGGCCCUUUGUUAUUCCUUUUCUCAAGGCGAACCUUCCGCUGCUGCAGAGGGAGCUGCUCCACUGUGCACGGGCAGCCAAGCAGACCCCGGCUCAGUACCUGUCCCAGCAUGAACACCUCUUGCUAAGCACCACCCUGGCCUCGUCUCCAGACUCCUCCGAGCUGCUGAUGGAGCCUCCAGAGUCUGGGACGAAGAGACACAGCCCCAGCAGGCCCAAAGAGAACGGCUUCCACGAACGUCCGCCCGUGGCCAUGGAGCCCGCCGCCAAACGAAUCUGCACCAUCAGCCCCGCCCCCCGACACAGCCCCGCUCACCCGCUGCCCCUCGCGGCCCAGCUUCACCCGACGCCUCCGCCCUUGCAGCACUACGCCCUGGACGACAUCGCCGCGCCACACAUCCUGCACCGCGAGCACAGCCAGCGCGUGCUGGAGAUCCGCGAGCUCAAAGACAGGCCCAGACUUCCUGGCACUAACGGGGGCUACCGUGAGGAGCCAGUGGACCACAGACUGACAGACAGAGAGUGGGCUGAUGAAUGGAGGCAUCUGGACCAUGUCUUAAACUGCAUAGUGGACAUGGUGGAGAAGACACGGAGGUCAGUGAGCGUGCUCAGACGAUGCCAGGAGUCAGACCGCGAGGAACUCAACUACUGGAGACGGCGCUCGAGUGAGCAGGAGGACCCCCGCAAAGGAGGCUCGGGCUCGGCUCCGUUCUCCAAGACACACAGCCCCCAUUCUGCAGAGUCAGACUCCCAGCGUGACUUCGCUCCGCGGCCAGGCUCAGCAUACGUUACAGAUGAGAUCUGGAGGAAAGCUGAAGAGGCAGUGAAUGAAGUGAAGCGCCAGGCCAUGGACGAGGUCCAGAAAGCGGUGGCAGAGGCAGAGCAGAAGGCGUUCGAGAUGAUUGCUGCCGAGAGGGCUAAGAUGGAAAAGACUCUGGUCGAAGCAAAGCGGAAGGCUCAAGAGGACGCCAUCUUGGUCAUCAACGAACAGGAGGACUCCAGUGAGUGUUGCUGGAAUUGUGGCCGCAAAGCCAGCGAGACGUGCAGCGGCUGCAACGCCGCGCGCUACUGCGGGUCCUUCUGCCAGCACAAAGACUGGGAGAGGCACCACCUCAUCUGCAGCCCAGGACUCCAAGCUCAACCCAAACCGGUUUCUGCCAUCACUGCAAGCAGGGCUGCUGCCGUGGCAACAGCAGCAGCAGCAGCGGCAGCAGCAGCAUCUGGAGUCUCUCCCGUCUCCCUGGCUGGGGUCAAAUCUGCCGACGGUGCGCCCUCAGUCUCCAGUCCAGGCGGGGAGAAGGCCUCGGUCGCCUCUCGCUCCUCCACUCCCUCCACCCCCGCCUCGGCCCCCGAGACCAACGGACACUAGGGUGCGAAGGCCUCCAGUGGUUAACGCGUCACCAAAUCCCUCUCAGUAACGGGGAGGGAUUGAAUCAUCAGCACGAGGGAACUAUUUGUGGGUUAAGUUAGGAUAACAGAUUUUUCAUCAUACUCUUUGGCAGAAAAAAAGGACAGAUUAUGGAUGACUGUUUGAGUGAUAUGUCAACUGGGACUCUGGCUUUGGCAAAGAACAGAAGGACUCGUCUCAGAUGCAUCCAUUGGAUGAGCAGAUCUCCCUAACAGAUGGAAACGCGGUUCUCAGCGUCCAAAACCCCAAAUCUUGGAUCUGCGCGCGGUUGGAAAAAAAAAAAAAUGACGAUUGAUCUCAGUUUAUCUCUGGCUGCAGGGAGAAAGCAAUGAAAGGACGGCAUAUGAGAAAAAAACAGGGGAGAUUAAAAAACAAUGAGGUACAAGAACCCCUCCUUCCUCCCCCCCUCCCACUCCCACCCAUGAACCUCACUUUGUUGUGUAUAAAUUUAAGAAGGGGAGGUGGUGGUAAAUGUAAACAGUGUAAAAGUACCAGCCAUAAAGCAUCUGUCUUUGUCUCGUAGAAACAGUCCGACAAAUAGACCACGUUAAAAUGUGUCUCUAAGUAUUUGCUCGCCAACUUUCUGUCUUGGUUGUCAUGUGUGUGAAUGCGUGUGUCGAAACAGUCGUGCAGUCAGUGAAUAUUGUAAAGCAUAUGAUUAUUUUUGUCAAAGCAAUAUUGAAAUGAAGUGUUCAGGUAUUUCAAGCCGCUUCUGCAUCACCAAAGUUUUCAGUCGCUAAAGAAAGGGAGUCAUUGUCGUCGCCUGUAACCGUCUUUGUGAAAAAGAGAUGAUAAUAAUACGCCCACACAUGCUUUUAGAAUGAGUUGAAAACCGGAACUCUGGUCACUAUUUUUUCAUUUUCUGAUCACCAGACCGAGGGGAAAUGGUGGCAGUGAUUGGAUCAAGUAAGCACAGGAACAUUCAGUCAUGACUUUUUUUUUGUCUAGUUGCAGUUUCAAUUUGGCACUUGUUCACAUCACCAGCUGUGUACAGCAGGGUCCGGUGUUGCUCCAAACCUUCCGCCUCGGCAAUAUUUGCAUCACAUGACAAUGGCGAGGCCCGGGAAGGGAAAUCGGUUUUUACUUUAGUCAAAAUCAUCCGCAGGGAGAAAGGGUCACGUGGAUGCCUACAUUGCCAGGUUGCAGAUGACAGAGCAACGACUCUGUUCCACAGAGAAUCUCAGGAGCUAAACUGUAUUUGUAUGUACAGAUCCUUCUUGUUCUUUUGUCACGGUUUAGGUUGAAGUUAGUGAGGAACGUUGAUUUAUCUGUACUCUGCUGUUACAACUGAGACAUUCUUGUUUUCGUUUGUUGCAAGAUGACUUUGUAAAAAAAAAAAAAAAAAAAACUAUUAAGAGAGAAUGCCUUUAUUUUGUGAUCCACAGUUAUUUUUCCCUCUACAUUCUUUAAACAUGUUCUUUUGUUAUGAGGCAUAACUUCAUAUGAAAAACAUAUCUUGACAUGAAGUAUGAAAUAAAGAAGUAGAAUUACUUCAAAAA